AUGCGACGCUUUGCGAUUCUCGCCGCGAUUUUGGUUGGCGCGCUAGCCGCCACGUGUCACGAGGAAGAAGCCCUCGAUCCUAGCGGACAAUACUGUUUUAUAGUGGCGAGCCAUGAGAGGACGUUUCAUGAGGCCGAGAAGGCGUGCUAUGAUUACGGCGGAUUCCAUUUGGCCAUCAUUCCAUCAAUGAUUGACAACAAUUUCAUCUACAAUCUUACCAGAAACGCGAACGUGUUCUCCAACUACUUCUGGAUCGGCGCCACCGAUUUGACGGGCGAUGGAAGUUGGGAAUGGGUCGACGGCACACGAAUGGGCUUCACCAAUUGGGCGAAAGGCAACCAGGCCGGCAGCUGUGCAUCAGGACCCACCACUAUUCCGCUUCGACAUGAGACCGUGUUCGUGAAGUUUGUUGGCGACGCUGAGAGUCUUGGCGACCCGAAUACUGAUGCAAAUGUGGCGGCGCAGUACGCAAAACAACGCGAUUUCAUCGCUCAAAUCGCUGAUUAUCUUUUCACGCAUCCCGACAAUGACGGAAAUUCGUGUAAAUAUUAUGCGAGUCCCGCAUUCUACGGAUAUGCACAAUAUGAGCAACAAUUCGACACAUCGCCGGCAUGGAGCAAAGGUCAAUUCGACAAUUUGCUCAGCUCAAACGAGUGGGACGUGAAGACGACGCUCGAAAAUACAAUCAGCGACGCUAUCAAUGGACUUCACAAAUUCCGAUGGUCGCCGCCGAUGCGUGAUUUGGGCUAUUCGGUGCUCGUUUUUUUGACCUCGCGAAAAGACUUUGCCGGCAUUCCAUCGCUGUUUGUGCCUCCCAAUAGGGCAUUUGACGAAAUUAUUGUGGUUUCGAUUGACGGCGCCUCAAUGCCGACGCCAAGCAACGUCCCCAACAUUGCCGUCAGCAAACAGUUCACCCAAACCGAUUUGAACGCGGUUCUCGCCAAACUCAAAUGCCACUAA